GGGGUGUGAGUGAGGGACUUGCUGGAUUCAAGCUUAAAAUAGUCGAUGGUUGUGCUGACAUUUGCUUUUCCAGUUGGGAUUUCUAAGCAAUUAACAGAUCUGCUCCAUUUGCUGCAACAAGACAAACGGAAAUAUAUAACCUCUGAAGACACUGGCCAGUUCUCCUUUUUUCCCUGCCUCAUCCAAAUCACUGAUCUGAUAAAAUGGGUCUCAAAGCAGCCUUACCCAAGGCGGAGUUGUGUUUCUACACGCUCGUGUUGUCUCUCGGGAUUCUCUGGGCAGGAAGCUGGAUCUUUGAAGCCUCCAGAGACAAUAUGAACAGACAGGGUUUGAAGCCAAAUGUUAAGCGAGGGUGGUCGUACAUUGGUAGGAAAAUGGACGUGGCUGACUUUGAAUGGGUGAUGUGGUUCACCAAGUUCCGAAACUACAUCCUCUUUGCUUUAUCUGGUCAUGUCCUCUUCGGCAAAGUUGUUUCCAUGAUGGCACUUCAGCACAGAUCCUUAGUUUUGAUGCUUUAUGGGAUACUUGCUGUCCUGGCUACGAUGGGCGUUUCUUACCUGAUGUUGAUCCUGUCCCACUGUCUCCUGCUUUACACCAUUGGCCUCGCCAAACAGAAAUGGUUCUGUUUCGGUGCUGGUCUGUGCAGCUUAGCAACAUUCAAACUGGAGCCAUUCAGCUCUUGGCAGAAUGGUUUUGUGAUAGGAACAUUUGAGCUGCAGGACAUCCUCUUCUACGGGGGGAGUGGCUUCACAAUCAUGCGAUGUAUGAGCUUUGCCCUGGAGAACACAGAGAGGAAGGAAGGCCACUACUCGCUGCUCGACCUCCUUGUGUACAACUUCUAUCUCCCCUUCUUCUUCUUUGGGCCUGUGAUGACAUUCGAUCAGUUCUACGCUCAGAUCAACAAGGGACACUUCACUCGUAAGGCGGAUGAAAUGUGGAACAUUCAGAAGUACGCAUUCGUCCAUCUCGUCGUGAUCAUCCUAGUGGAUAUCUUCUUCCAUUACCUGUACAUUCUGGCCAUACCUUCAGACAUGCAACUCGUCCUGAAUCUCUCUGACUGGGCAUUAGCCUGCCUAGCCUACUUGAACCUGGUAUACGAUUGGGUGAAGGCAGCAGUAAUGUUUGGCGUCAUCGGCACGGUUGCCAGACUUGACUACCUGGAUCCACCCCAACCGCCCAAGUGCAUCACCAUGCUCUACGUCUUCGCUGAAACGCAUUUUGACAGAGGGAUAAACGACUGGUUGUGCAAAUACGUUUAUGACUAUUUAGGAGAGAAUCACGACAACAUCGGAAAGGAGUUAUUAGCCACAGUCUGCACAUUCCUGGUCACUACCCUCUGGCUGGGACCUUGCGACAUUGUCUAUAUCUGGUCUGUGUGCAACUGCUUUGGCCUCAACUUUGAACUCUGGGUGCAAAAAUUCUUUGAGCGGGAGCCAUUCGCUUCAAUUGAGGCUAACAAGUUGUCCGAAUCCAUGUCUCGGAGAAUCCGAGGAGUCUUUGGGGCUGCAAACUUCUGGGCCAUCAUUCUUUAUAAUAUUCUUGCCCUGAACAGUCUCGACUUCGCUCUAGUGGUGGCAAGACGGCUAAUCAUCGAAGGCUUCCCCCUGAGCCCACUGGGAGUCCUGUUCAUCACCUACUGUGGCGUGCAGCUCAUCAAGGAGCAUGAGCGUCAGCUGGCUCUGGACUCCGAGAAAGAGAAGGUUCAAUAGUUGCCAGAAGUGGAAAAUAGACAAGACCUUUCCUCUGAACAUUUACCAAAUAUGUCAGUCACAAGGUGCAACAAAGACAAGAGAGGAUGGUGGUUGUGGUGGGGUUUGUCAUCCCUCAUUGCCUUGGGGGAGAGAAAAGAGAAUACCCCCUCCUUUAUGGAAGCACUAGUAAUUUUAUUUAAUUUGCAUCCUUUGGAUAACCUAACAGUAUUAAUUUAAACUCAAGCUCCCUUUUCCCUCUUUUCUCUCCCCUUCUCUUCUCCAUGGCAGCCUGUCUCACAAAUUUUAAGCUAUGCACUGCACUUCAGUGGCAUUCACCUACUAAAACCAGUCACUACAUUUUACAGUAAAUCUUGUGAAGCGCUUUGAAAUGGCCUCCUGAUGUGAAAGGCUCUUUAGCAAAUGUAAGGAUCCUAAGAAUUGGUGCUUGGGACAAAUUUUAGAAUGUGCCUAUUUGGGCUAACCCAAGUUUGUGUGCCUGAGUUUCUUUGAAACUGAUAAGACUUGGGAUAUCACAGAACUGACUGUAUUCUUUCUAUGUCCCAAUAUACCACCCCUCACCCCCUGCCCCCUGGUUGGCCAUUCUCAAGCUUUAUUUAUUUAUUGGGAGUCUUUUGAGAGUCAAAAUCCGCUGUACCUCACGAGUAUUGGUGAAGGGUGGCUCGCUGCCAAGCUUCAUCUCUCAGACUCAGCUGUUCAAGUCUUUAAUUUUAAAUGGUGCUUCAUGCAAACAUGAAAAUAAACAAGAAAUAAAUA